CGUUUUAGCCAAUUUUACGGAGCAUCAAAUACCCUAUCUUCACCCUCCCAUUAGCUGUAAAACUAAAAGCCUCAGGAAGUCAGCCAUGCCGAUAUCUUGUGGUCUGUGCGAGAAAAGAGCGAUGCUCAAGCGGCCCAAGACGGGCGGAGCGCUCUGUAAGGAGUGUUUCUUCACGGUGUUUGAAGCAGAGGUUCACCAAACGAUCACUUCUGCCAGUCUUUUCAAAAGGGGAGAAACGGUUGCCAUAGCAGCCUCCGGAGGGAAGGACUCCACAGUCCUGGCCCACCUGAUGAAACUUCUCAACCAUCGCCAUGACUACGGCCUGAACCUCAUCCUGCUGUCCGUGGACGAGGGCAUCACCGGUUACCGUGACGACUCCUUGGAGACGGUGAAGAGGAACCAGCAGCAGUAUGAGCUGCCGCUGAAGGUCGUGUCAUACAAGGAGCUGUAUGGCUGGACGAUGGAUGAGAUUGUGCGACAGAUCGGACUGAAGAACAACUGCACGUUCUGCGGCGUGUUCCGUCGGCAGGCGCUGGACCGAGGCGCCAUGAUGCUGGGGGUCAACAAAAUCGUCACCGGCCACAACGCUGAUGAUGUGGCAGAAACCGUCAUUAUGAAUGUACUGCGGGGGGAUAUUGCCAGACUCCAGAGGUGCACAGCCAUUGUCACAGGCACAGAGGGAGCUAUCCCGAGGUGUAAACCUUUCAAAUAUACCUACGAGAAGGAAAUUGUCAUGUAUGCAUACUUCAAGAAGCUUGACUACUUCUCCACAGAGUGUAUCUACUCACCCAAUGCCUACAGAGGACAUGCUAGAACCUACUUAAAGGACCUAGAGUCUAUCAGGUCCACUUCUAUUAUAGACAUCAUCCACUCAGGAGAGUGUAUGUCUGUUAGUGUCAAGAAGGAUGUGAAAAUGCCAACACAGGGUACUUGUGCAAGGUGUGGCUACAUAUCCAGCAAUGAGUUGUGCAAGGCCUGUGUGUUGUUAGAAGGUUUGAACAAGGGGCUUCCCAAGCUGGGGAUAGGGAAACCACACAAGGCAAGACUGGCACUCGGGCUCACCAAUACACCCGACACAACCACUGCCCCUGGGUCUCAGCGCAAAGAGGGAUGCCAGUCAUGUUCAUGUAGAAGCCGUCCAUAUGCUGCUGUUAGUGAUACUCCAGGGUGUAACAAAGAUAACAGACUCAGUUCACAAAGCAAGGAAGACAACAGGCUCACAGACUCCAUAGCAAAACAGGAAGAACUUGGAGCAAGCUAUACUGUAGGGGCAGGUGGAGACUCUUGUAGUUGUAAUAGUGAUGUACAGAGGGAAACAAGUGCCAGUACAAUAGGGGUGAAGUCUGUUUUGUGUGGCCAAGAUAAGAAUACACCAUGUGCAUGUAGGAAGGGGAAGGGCCAAGUAGGGACAAGGGUCACAGGAGACAGUCCUGCUGUACCAGACUUGGACUUUUAGUGCUUUACAGCACAUUGUUAUAGGUUUUAUGUAUACUUUGCUCCAUCUCAUCAUGACUUACUGGAAAUAUCUAUUGUUGUUAUGUAACAGCACA